AUGUCCGCCGCCCUCACCGCGCCAUGUGGCGGCUCCUUAUUCGCCGAGCCGCCGUGCCCAGUUCGCCUGCACGCCCGCACGCCGGCCCGCCGUGGCCCGCGCGGGGCCAUCCCGGCCCGGGACGGCGCCGCCGCCCCCCGCGGGCGCCCGGACCCCGCGCCUCGCCGCCCGCCGUCCUCCGCCUCGGCUCCCCCGCGCGCGUCGGCUCCGCCGCCCGGCCCCGACUCCAGCGCCGCCCGUCCGGUCGCCGCCUCCCUCCUCCGAGCUCCUCCACCACAGCCGCCGUCUCCCUCUUCCCCUCCGUCUCCGGCGGCAGCCCCGAUCUCCGGCGAGCCUCGAGCCGGCCCGAUCCAGAUCGGGACCGAACGGUUGACUUCUUCCUCCCCUCGAUUUCCCUAA